AUGACAAGAACUAAAGUAAUACCGCCAACGGCUGGCGAUUUCGAUGCACUUGAGGCGAUGGAGCCUACUGAAUAUGCAGCGAAAGAGAAAAAACUUGUUCGAAAAAUAGACCUCAGGCUCAUGCCUUGUCUCAUUUUCAUGAUUGUUCUGAACUAUCUCGAUCGGAACGCACUAGCAAAUGCCCGAGUUCAGGGAAUCGAAAAAUCUCUCGGUCUUCAUGGCGACCAAUUUAAUACGUGCAUCUCGGUUCUCUUUGCUGGAUAUAUCGCGCUUCAGAUACCCUCCAACGCCAUAUUAGUUCGGACGCGGCCAAGUAUUUACUUGGUAAGAGGAUAUCUGCCGUAUUAUUGA